GCGUGGUUACCGCGGGUCGCUUCGGCCUGGCUUGGGAAGUUUCGAUCUCGUUUACCCGACGUAAGCCAGACCUAGCGCUCAGACCCGGCUCCGGCCCGGAUUCCGCCGGCAAGAUGGUGAAGCCCAAGUACAAAGGACGGAGCAGCAUCAACCCCUCCAAGGCCAGCACAAACCCCGAUCGAGUGCAGGGAGCAGGAGGCCACAACAUGAGGGACCGGGCCACAAUCCGGCGCCUGAAUAUGUACAGGCAAAAGGAGCGCAGGAACAGUCGUGGUAAAGUGAUUAAGCCCCUGCAAUACCAAUCAACAGUGGCUUCUGGCACAGUGGCAAGAGUAGAGCCGAACAUCAAGUGGUUUGGAAACACGCGUGUGAUUAAGCAGUCAUCAUUACAAAAAUUUCAAGAGGAAAUGGAUACAGUUAUGAAGGAUCCAUACAAAGUUGUCAUGAAGCAAAGCAAGUUACCAAUGUCUCUUCUCCAUGAUCGAAUCCAGCCUCAUAAUUCAAAAGUGCACAUUCUUGAUACUGAAAGUUUUGAGACGACAUUUGGCCCUAAGUCACAGAGGAAGCGACCGAAUUUAUUUGCGAGUGAUAUGCAGUCUCUUAUAGAAAAUGCCGAAACGUCCAUGGACAGCUAUGACCAGGGCAAGGAUCGUGACUUGGUGGCUGAGGACACUGGUGUGAGAAAUGAAGCCCAAGAAGAGAUAUAUAAAAAGGGACAAUCCAAAAGAAUAUGGGGUGAGCUCUACAAGGUGAUAGAUUCAUCAGAUGUUGUAGUUCAAGUUCUUGAUGCUAGAGAUCCAAUGGGUACCCGUUCCCCUCACAUUGAGACUUUCUUGAAAAAGGAAAAACCCUGGAAACACCUUAUUUUUGUUCUUAACAAAUGUGACCUUGUUCCAACCUGGGCAACAAAACGCUGGGUUGCUGUCCUCUCCCAGGAUUAUCCGACACUUGCUUUCCACGCAAGUCUUACUAACCCCUUUGGCAAAGGAGCAUUUAUUCAGCUUUUACGGCAGUUUGGAAAGUUGCACACUGACAAGAAACAGAUCAGUGUCGGGUUCAUUGGCUAUCCAAAUGUUGGCAAGAGCUCUGUGAUAAACACAUUGCGCUCCAAGAAAGUUUGCAAUGUGGCCCCCAUUGCAGGUGAAACCAAGGUCUGGCAGUAUAUUACCUUGAUGCGACGGAUAUUCCUAAUUGAUUGUCCAGGUGUGGUUUACCCCUCUGAGGACUCAGAGACAGACAUUGUGCUGAAGGGAGUUGUUCAAGUUGAAAAAAUUAAGACUCCUGAAGACCACAUUGGUGCUGUACUUGAAAGAGCAAAGCCAGAGUAUAUCAGCAAGACAUAUAAGAUUGAUUCUUGGGAGAAUGCUGAGGACUUCCUUGAGAAGCUAGCUUUCAGGACUGGGAAGCUAUUAAAGGGUGGCGAGCCAGACUUGCAGACUGUGGGUAAGAUGGUCCUCAAUGACUGGCAGAGGGGCCGGAUUCCUUUCUUUGUCAAGCCACCCAAUGCAGAGCCCCCAGCAGCCCCCCAGCUUCCAUCCUCCUCCUCCUCGUCUUUGGAAGUUGCCACAGAAACAACCCAGAACAACCUAGAAGAGCAACACACGGGCACUGUAGGUGAAGAGUCAGAAUCUGUCAUUGAGAAGGAAAAAGGAGAGAACGAUCCCUGUGAUGCUAACUCGGAAAUGCAACAGAUCCUUGCACGGGUUCGGCAGAACUUCGGCAAAAUCAAUGUUGCGCCUCAGUUCUCUGGGGAUGACCUGGUUCCUUUGGAGAUGUCAGAUAUUGAUGAAGAACCUGAGAGCUUUUCUGAAGAAGAGGAGGAAGAACAGGAGCAGCAAGGGGACGAGGAGGAAGAGUCUUGCCGGGAGUCCCAGGAAGAACAUGUGGAAAACGACACCAAAGCAGUUAUUAAAGCCCUGGACGAAAAGAUUGCUAAAUAUCAGAAGUUUCUAAACAAAGCCAAAGCUAAAAAGUUUUCAGCAGUCAGAAUAUCCAAGGGGCUAAGUGAAAAGGUCUUUGCAAAAUCUGAAGAACAGGAAGAUGUAGAGGAUAAAGCACCUGCCAAGAAGGGAAAGAAGAGAAAGGCACAGAGAGAAGAGGAACAUUCAAAUAAAACUUGCAGGAUGCUUACAUCUAAGGAACGGAGGCGAGCAGCACGGCAGCAGCAGUCCAGAAGAGUUGGUGUGCGCUACUAUGAAACCCACAAUGUGAAAAACAGGAACAGGAACAAAAAGAAGACCAGUGACUCAGAGGGGCAGAAACACAAACACAGAAAAUUCAAGCAUAACAAGCAGUAACAUUCAAAAAGUUGUUUAUCAAAUGAUACAAAAAUAUGCAAGUAGAGAAUUGUGUUCAUUUUCUUCAUACACCGUUGGCUUGGCAUUUCUAAGACCAUUAAUGCAUUUGUUCUGAGGUUUGACAGUUGAAGCCAUUCGCCAGUGCUAGUGAAAGUGAAGGUAAAGCUGCCUUCCUCCCCAGGAGUCCACUAGCACAUACACUUGAAUUAGCCCCCUUAGUUCCUCAAAAAUGUAAGCCUAUCAUGUAAAUGUGACAGAAACAGGGUGGUGAGCGGAGGCGGGUAUGGCUUGUUCACUCAUGAAACCAGCUUUUUAUUACAAAGGACUUAUGAUGGUGUAGUAGAGCUUGUUGAGACCCAUAUGGAAAUUAUCACUUCUUUGGAGCAAUGAUGCCUUCCAGUUGGGCCUGAAAAACAAAAACAAACUCCAUUAAUAUUUGCAAUUUGAAGCCUAACACAAAUAGCUGAGAGGUGAUAAAAGUCUUUGGGAAGGAUAAUCCAAAUGCUGCCCCUCCAAGGGUUUUUUGUUUUGUUUUCCUUCAUUCCCACCUCCAUAUUUUCUAGAUUAGCUGGUUUCUGGCUUGGCGUACCAUCUUACUACAUUAGGAGAAACCCUGGUUUCCAUACAAAAACAACUCAGUGUAUAAUAUAAAGCACUGAAAAGGAAAUUGAAUAAAAGUCAUUGAAAUAGUGGUUUUUCAUGGCUCAGAUUUCAGGCCUGAAUAUGUCUGCUAAGUUUGGUUUGGGAUCCUGGGAGCUCUGUGCUGGAACAAGAGAUUUGAGAAACAGCAAAUUUUCAGUCACUGAGACAACUUGACACCCAAUUAGAGAAAACUGCUACCAGUGAGUAGGGAGCUGUCCAUCUUGUAUGUAAAGCUUAAAACACUUGGGAGUUAUUUACUCUGUUCCUCUAGCAGCCAGGAAAAUAAUUUACUAUCCUAGUGUGUAGACAGAUCUUUAAGUAGGUGGUCUAUGCUGGAGACUGCAAACACUGCUUUAUUUGCAGUGCAGCUUUGAGCCAAUAAAAGUAACUCACUUCUAAAGCAUCCUUUACCCUGGGGAUUAUAAGGCUGCUUGUAAAUGUUAGAAGGAUGCUAAGGUACUCUGCUUUGCUGUUGCCACUAAUACAAGAGGAGGAACUGAGGAACUUGGGGGCUUAUGACAAAGGACUAUGGCAGAUAAGGGAAGCAGCUUCAGAGGCUGCUAAGUAAACAGAUUUGCAUCUGACUAUGAAGAUUAGUUUCUGUUAACUUCUCAGCAACAAAAAAAUCUGUCAUCUUCUAGCAGUUAAUACAAAUCCUUCUUUAUCUCAAAUACUCUACCUUCUUGGUUUUAGAGCCAAAAAGCAUGCCAAUAUCAAGAAUGUAAGCUUUCCACAGGCCUGGGUCUUCAGCAGUGAGGGGUGGGAGAGACAUCCAGGGGCUCCCCUGGCCAGGGCCAUGGGAACAAGCCAGUGAAUGUCAAUAGAGUUCAUAUCUGGAACAGUGAUUCUCAAACUUCAGUGAGCAUCAGAAUCACCUAGAGGCCUUGU